CAGUCGACCGGUCAGCUUGCCUUACUGCAAGAAAUGGAACAACUUAACCCCUCCACCUCUAAUGCCUCCUUCUGGGGUCUGGCUCCUGGCAUGGCCUUGUCUCUGUACUGCCUGCUCGGUAUCCCUGGUAACAUUGCAGUUAUAGUCGUCCUCCGUCAGAACCAAGAUCUAUCCAGUUUGAGCAGGAGACUGAUGUUGAACUUGGCUGCCUCGGACCUACUCUGCAUCCUUACCCUACCUUUGCGUAUCUACAACCUAGUCUUCACCUGGAGUCUGGGUCUAGUGCUCUGUCAGCUCAACAUGUACUUCUUCUACUGCAGUAUCUGUACCGGUCUGCUGACUGUCACACUUCUGAGCAUCCAGCGCUACCUCCAGGUGGUGCAUUCUCACAGUUGGGCCAGACCGGGAGUGGCAAAGGAGAGGGUGCUACUGGUUGUCCUGUGGGGGGUAGCUGGGGUCCUGUCCAUUCCUUAUGGGGUGACGGUGCGGGAUGUGAAGGAAGAUAAUGGAUGGGUCCGGUGCCAGUAUGAUUUUGCAUCAGAUGCUGAGCUGGUGGCUGUGUUGCUCCUGCAGACUCUCCUGUCGUUUGUAGUUCCUUUCUUCAUCAUGGCCACAGCCUAUAUGCGCCUCCAGCGAAGGGUGAACCAAACAGCUUUCUUCAGGAGCCACAGGACGACCAGAUUAGUGAGCCUUAUAGUUGGGACCUUCAUCGUUCUAUGGACUCCUCACCAUGUCAUGAAUGUGCUGGGAGUGACGGCCAUCUUGGCAAAGAAUAAGGCUCUGAGAGUGUUCUGGGAGGACAAUUGGAGGAUUGCGGGAUCUCUGGUCUUCAUCAACAGCAGCUUGGAUCCUUUCCUCUAUGCCUUUGCCUCCAGAAACAACCAGAGAGCACAGAGCAGCGACGGUCAGGAAGUGACCACGAGUAGUCACAAUCUGUAAGAUUUCAAGUCACUCAUUGGUAAUUUCAACUAUUGAAAUAUUCCCCUUGAUACAGGCAAAUACAACAUACAAAUACCGUAUUGAGAUUAAGCACACCUGUCCUAACCUAUAAUAACCACCC